UUGAUGACCGGCAAGCGAUCAACAGAUCAGCUAACAGUCAAUCAGCUCAGCUCAUCAGUUAUCAUCAUUAACAGCAAAAUGAAGGGCCUUCUGUGCGCACUUGUUCUGGCAACGUGUGUGGCUGGACUGUUUGCGGUGGAAUGCUACAGCUGUGCAUCGACUACCUCAGCCGGUGACGCCAAUUGCUUGGAUCCGUUCAACGCGACUAGCCAACCAACCACCUCCUGCUCUGGCGAAUGCACUAAAACCGUUGGUACGCAAGGUGACGUCACAGUCAUUGCCCGCAGUUGCGCACCCGCAUGCGCAGAGGGUUGUGCUAGUGCUGCCGGUGUGGAAGCCUGCAUUUAUUGCUGCACAUCUGACAGGUGCAACGGCGCAUCCUCAGUGACCUUUGGCCUCAUUACCAUCUGCGUCACCGUCCUCGCUGGUUGGAUAACGUCUGCUUAAUAAUUGUGGCGGAGCUUUCCGGACUGGCUGAUACAGGGUAAACAGCGCCACCCGAGUAACUUCACUUUUUCACCAUUGAAAGUUUAACCGUGAACCAAUGCGGAAAUCCGGCAGGAAAUUGUUGAGUAAAAAAAUCACAGAAAUAGCCAUUGAGUAGUCUUGCACUGCGGAAAUGGAAUACAAGCCUCCUCCACUUUAAGAACCUUCGCAUUCUUUAAAAGGAAAUUCAAUUUUCAAAUAUAUUUGCUCCAGCAAAAUGCCUGAUUGACUUUUAAAUUUUGCAGUUGGCAAUAUUUUUUCAUGAUGCGCUUUCUAUAGAGCUAGGCUUGCUGACAACCGGUGUUUUUUGACAAAGUCUUUAUCGACUGCAUGCUGUAUCCCUUUCGCUUGAUAGAUAAACUAACAUUGCCAUGAUUGCCGCUAUUGAACAUAUGUAAUUGUAUAAGUGAAAUAUCCUUAUGAAGGCUUGGUUAUGCGCAUGCGCGCUAUUUCCGGGACCUUACGGGACCUGACCCUUGAUUGUGAAUCUUUGGUUACUGAUGAUGGGGUUGGAGAAAGAAAAAAAAAAAAUGUAAAGUGAAUAUGA